CGCCAACACACAGAACACCAUGCUUCGCACAGUAAAAGCAAAAAAUGCACGCACAAAGCGUUUCCUGAAGAAUCGCGAAGCGAAAGUCACCGAGAAUCCUAAAACCGCCUUGAUUGUGAAAGGAUCUACAACGAGUCAGAUCAUUAACGAUGCCCUGAAAGAUCUCUACUCGUUGAAGCGUGCCAACGCUGUCUUGUUUGGCAAAAAGAAUGAGUUGAAGCCAUUUGAAGACGAUUCGAAACUCGAAUUCUUCUCACGUAAAAACGACGCUUCGCUCUUGGUGGUCGGCAGUCAUUCGAAAAAGCGACCACACAAUUUGACGUUUAUCCGGAUGUUUGAUCACCAAAUCUUGGACAUGUAUGAAUUGGGCGUUGAACACUUGACGCCUCUCAGUGAAAUCAAGGGACCCAAGUGCUCGCUUGGUUUGAAGCCAUUGAUGGUGUUUAACGGCGAUAAAUUCGAGUCGAACGAGACGUUCAAGAGCUUAAAGAACUAUUUCUUGGAUUUCUUCAAUGGUGAACUCGUGGAUGCGGUUGAUUUGCAAGGUCUUGAGUAUGUCAUGAGCUUCACGGCUGCUCCCGAAACCGAUAACAACAAAAUCUUCGUACGGUCGUAUCUGGUACAAAUGAAAAAGAGCGGCACUCGGACGCCGCGUGUCGAGUUGGAAGAGAUGGGUCCCAUGAUGGAUUUGGUUGUAAGACGUACAGAGUUGCCCAAGAGUGAUAUUUGGAAGAAGGCUGUACGAGUACCCAAGGAAUUGAAGACAAAGAAGGAGAAGAACAAGGCCGUGGAUGAUAUGGGUGAUCAGUAUGGCCGUGUCCAUGUUGGCAAACAGAGCUUCGACAAGAUUCAGACUCGUAAGAUGAAGGGUCUGAAGCGACGACGAGAUGACGAUGAACAGGAUGAACAGGGUGAACAGGGUGAAGAAGGUGGUGAUGCUGUUGAGGAUGAACCUAUGGCAGAAGAAGCAUAAAAAAAGAACUCUUGUUUUGCUGUUGUUUAUCACUCUUUACGUUUACUUUUACUCACAAUUUUCCUUUUAUACAUACGCACACGCUCCACUCACCCCUUGCUUACACAUAGUUUAUCUCGCAUUUCAUUCAUCACAAAAUUUGUAUCAUUUCCCAAGAAAUCGUUACCAUAAUAGUCUUGCUUUUUUAUUCUUCUAUAAGCUUUUUUUUAAAUCAAUUGUUGUUUCUGGGUCCAUUUGGUGGAUUUGGUUGUGGUGAUUAUGGUGCUAUGUACCCAUGGAAGAAGUUAGUUAUAAUCAGCUCAAAGACAUGUACUAGGCGUACUCCUGUUUUGUUUUCAGUUCUCGUGCCACAACAAUGCCAAACAUUAUACGCAGUGCAAUAAAUAGAUUCAGUCAGAUCAAACAUAAUAAUGUUUAUAGGGGAUAUAUAUAGUAUUUAUUGCAGUGAAAAAUAUAGCCAUUACAAAGAGAG